UUCCGGCUCGCUGCCGCCAUGGCCGCCGGGCGCCGCGUCUGCGUGUUCCCGUCGCCGCGGGAGCUGGGCCCGGCCCUGGCGCGGCUCGUGGCCGAGGAGGCGGCGGCGGCCACGGCGGGAGGCGGCCGCUUCACGCUGGGGUUGUCCGGAGGGAGCCUGGUGCAGAUCCUCGCGCGGGACCUCCCCGCGGCCGCGGCCGCCGCCGCCCCGUCGCGCUGGCUCCUGGCCCUGUGCGACGAGCGGCUGGUGCCGGCCGAGCACCCGGAGAGCAGCGGCGGCGCCUACGCGGCCCAGCUGCUGCCGCGCCUGCCCGGCCCCGGCCCCGCGCUGCUCCGCGUCGCGCCCGCGCUGCCGCCCGCCGCCGCCGCCGCCGACUACGAGCAACAGCUCCGGCAGGCGUUCCCGGGGCAGGACGUGCCGGUGUUUGACCUGCUGCUGCUGGGGCUCGGGCCCGACGGACACACGUGCUCGCUGUUCCCCGGGCACCCGGCGCUGCAGGAGACAGAGAAGCUGGUGGUGGCCGUGACGGACUCUCCGAAGCCGCCGCCGCAGCGCGUGACGCUGACGCUGCCCGUGCUCAACGCCGCGCGCGCCGUGGCCGUCGUGGCCACGGGACAGGCCAAGGGCCCCGUCCUCAAGCGCAUCCUGGAGGGGGAGGAGGACGAGCCGCUGCCCGCGGCGCGUGUGCGGCCGCGCUCGGGCCGGCUGCUGUGGCUGCUGGAUGAGGCGGCUGCACAGGGGCUCAGCAUCCCCCUGGAGAGGCAGGAUGGCUCCUAGGGCUGGCUGCUGCCUGCAGGGUGUGGCCACUGCCCCUGGGAUGUGGCCAGUGCCUGCAGGAUGUGGCCACUGCCCCGGCCCUGUGAGCGGAGCCACGUCGUAGCAGUCGCCUGUAGCACAAAAACUCUCCUUUUUAACCUUUUCCACCCUCUUUUCUGGACCAAAUGGGGCUUUUCUGGGCAGGACCCACCCUGGAGCCUCCCCCUGCUCCCAGGGCCUUGGGGAGGGGGCUGUGGGGUAUUAAACAGUUGCAUUCCA